UACUGGACACAUGCACUCUUCGGCUUCAGCCACUCAGACAUCCUCCAGUAUCAUCUCCUCAUCCCUUGUAUCCGGAGUUGAUGUUUCCUCUUCUCUGACCAUGUCUGAAAAUUUCCAAAAUCCAUCUUUACUUGGAACUCCAAACUCUCUGCAGCUCUCUCUCCCUGUGGUGAGCAAUGCAGCUUCCCUAGCAGGAAGUGUCUACAGCUUCUCCAGAGUCUCUGCUCCAGCAGUCAGUUCGGCAUGGCUACUGCCAUCAGCUUCUGGCACUUCUUUCCAGCCACUCAUGGGUAGUGCCUACCUUUACCAACAUUCCAGUACAACUAUGUUGUCUGGAGUUACUGCCCAGAGCCAGAUCUCCACUUCAGCUGCUUCCUAUCCAGGUAUUUUUGAGUGGGAUAGCACAGGGAGCACUGAAAAGAAGUCAUCUUCACUUGUAGACUUCACUGUGACUGUCACUGACCAGGACACGGCUGUUUCUUCCAUAUCUAUGGCAGCCCAGUAUGAUAAAACUUCAGAGGCCAAUAACAUGGUCCCUCUGUAUUCAUCACUUUCUGCCAGCCUUGUUCAGGGAACACCAUCUCAGAUUCCAAAUCGGGGACACAGCCUAUCACUUCCCUACCAGGAAGGAAGCCAGGUAUAUUACUAUAAUCAAGGCACACUGGGACCUCUACUGUCUGGAGAACUUGGUCCCUACCUGCAGUCCUAUGGCUCUGUGUCAUACAUGGGAAGUAAGGCCUCUGCCCCCCAACCAGAAAUGGUCAUGGUACUAAAGGAGGUUCAGCCCACAAAUGUCCCACCACCAGCCUCCACCUCUGGAAUCUACUACUCUGUAUCUGCUCGACCCAUCACAGAAACAAGUUUUCAAGUGAUGGAGACUUCCCUGGGGAUGGAGACUUCCCUGGGAUUGCAAUCUCCAAGUCAGACAUUUUGUCUGCCACAAACUCCAGAAUUCCCCAAGUCCUGCAGUAGCAGAAAUAUCCAGGUGCUUGAAAGCAACCCACCUCCUGAGCUUGGAGACAUCUCAGUGAUAGCUCCUGUCCAGAGUUCCAGUAAUCUGCUGGCACUGCCUCCAGCUCCAAGCCAGGAACAAACUGAGAAUAAGAAUUUGAAUGAUACUAAAACCAAGCUUUCAAAGCCUCUGGAUGCCUACCAGAUCCCAUUAGAAAAUCAAGAUCCUCCACUACUUCCUUUAGAAAUUCCUGAUAUUCACCAGCUCCUGGCCUGCAUUGAUCCCCUUGGCCAAGAGGAGCAGUCUGGUUCUGAAAACACUGAUCUGGGAAAAAAUGGCAUGAGUCUUGAGGACCAAGGGACCCUUGAAAAUGGGAUUGAAUCUAGUGGUGGUUUCUCAGACAUCACUACUCUAGUGGAGGAUAUUCAUCUUCCCCAGCUCUUUAAUUCCUUGAACGACCUUGAUCGAUCCAAAGGUCCCAAGGUGAUCAAUGCCAAAGAUACCAGAAUCAUCAAGUUGAAUGAAGUGCAAGAAAAGUCAAGUGUCAUAAAAUUGUCCUCUGAUCAAGCCAGGAAGAAUAAACACAAAGCUGCUGAGACUAUCAAUGGUGUUCCCAAGACCAAAAUCCAGCCAAAGGACCCAGGAUGCCUGUUAGGGGGAGAAGUGGUUAUUUGCAAUGCUGGAGAUAGUGACAGGGCUCGUGUGAAUGCAGCCAAGCAUUCCAACAGCAAAUCUCAGAAAGCUGCAUCCAGCAGGAUCAGCAAAACUAAGAGCCAUGGGCAGGAAAAGACCAAAAGGAGCAGAGAAAACAACCCCAAGAAAGCUGAAGAGAGUAAGCAGUCAGGGAACACAGUCAAGGCAGAAGAGAAGCCAACCAUUCCCAAGAUGAAGCGGAGGAGAAAUCAACCUGAGCUUAGCCAAGAGACCUUUAAAAAGCCUCGAAGCUGCCUAGGCAUGCACAUGUUGGAGUCCGUACAGAUUUUUCACGCGCUGGGGAAAAAGAGUGAUAAGAAAAUCAGACUCUCUUCCUCCUGGGCCCCGGGAAACUCCAGCAACCCUAAAGUUGCCCAGCCAUCCCCAGUUAUUAAACGAUGGCUAGAUACCCCACGUGAGGGUAAAGGUCCUGAGAAAAAUAAAGUCAAAGUCCAGAAACAAGACAGUGGUGCUGACACAGAAUGUCCAUCUCCAUCCCAGUAUGAGCUGCCACCUCCCGGGAAGGUCAAGUUGGUGCCUUUGCCUUUUCCAACCUUGGAGAAGCCUCAAGCUCGACCUGUUCUUCGGAGGCCACACUCUCUGGCCUCACGUCGGUCUACUGUGGCUUACCCUGCCCGGCCAGGGUCCACUAGCUCAGCUCAACCUAUUGCAGUCAAUUCAUCCCGGCCAACCCCUGUCUCCUUGACAGGUCCUGCCAGACCAGCUCGGCCAAUUUCAACCAAUCCAACCCGACCAGGUUUGACCAACCCUACCCGGCCUAGUGUCCCUCACUCUGCUGCAUCCAGACCUGCACCCUACAAAACAUCAUCCUGCACCUCUCUCCAGCAGGAACCCAUUCCUACUGCUGUGACCAAACUCCAGUCCCCACCCAAACCUCACAAUCAAUUUCUACUCCAAGACUUCUGCUGUCAACCUAUUCCAUGGAGAAAACCCAAUGUUCCUGAGCCAGUAAUGUCGAAGCCCAUCACAAAAGAACAGAGGCCAGAGCGAGAGGCCAUGAAGCGGCAGGCUCAACAAGAGCGUGAGAAUGCAGCCAAAUACACCUCUUUGGGGAAAGUGCAGUUUUUCAUUGAGAGGGAAAAAGAUAUGGAAAUUGCUCGAUACUAUGGCUAUGCAAUAUAAGAGCUGCUACGUUUGUUGGUACCACUCUGGGUACCAGCCAUUUAUCCAUAUAUAGAUAGAUAGAUAUAAAUUUCUCUAUUUAUUCAGAUGUAUUUUAAAACUUAAUAAAACAUAAUAAACAUAAUUAAUAGAUGAGAAAUAAAGAAGACUUUUUAGUUCUGA